GGGCAGUAGCCCGCAGGAGGGCGCAGUCGCCCGGCGGGCUCGGGAGGACCCAGCGCCGAGGACGGGGUUCUGGGAACCGGGUGUGCGCAGCCGAGCCGAGUCGGGGCGCGCCCCAGCCGCGCCUCCCAACCUUGUCAUCUCUCCUCCGACCUGCGGCCCGGGCCCUCCCCUGUCGCCUGCCCAGCCCCGGCCCCGCCCCGGCCCGGGCCUCCGGGACGGGAGCCGGGACACGGGUGCGCAUCCGGAGGCAGGCAGGGAGGGCCCGGAGUCUCCGUCCCGGCCAACGGCAACGCUCAGCGUCUCGGCCGCGCAGCGGCCCGGGCGCGCGCCAAGGCCCUUCUCCUGCAGGCCGGCGGCGUGAUGGCGGAGAAGGCGCUGGAGGCAGUGGGCUGUGGAUUAGGACCUGGGGCUGUGGCCAUGGCCGUGUCGCUGGAGGACGGGGCGGAGCCCCCUAUGCUGACCACGCACCUGAAGAAGGUGGAGAACCACAUCACUGAAGCCCAGCGCUUCUCCCACCUACCCAAGCGCUCGGCUGUGGACAUCGAGUUUGUGGAGCUGUCCUAUUCAGUGCGGGAGGGGCCCUGCUGGCGCAAACGGGGUUAUAAGACCCUCCUCAAGUGCCUGUCCGGUAGGUUCUGCCGCCGGGAGCUGAUUGGCAUCAUGGGCCCCUCCGGAGCUGGCAAGUCCACAUUCAUGAACCUCUUGGCAGGAUACAGGGAGUCUGGAAUGAAGGGGCAGAUCCUGGUGAACGGGAGGCCCCGGGAACUGAGGACCUUCCGCAAGAUGUCCUGUUACAUCAUGCAGGACGACAUGCUGCUGCCCCACCUCACGGUGUUGGAAGCCAUGAUGGUCUCUGCUAACCUGAAGCUGAGUGAGAAGCAGGAGGUGAAGAAGGAGCUGGUGACGGAGAUCCUGACUGCACUGGGCCUGAUGUCCUGCUCCCACACGAGGACAGCCCUGCUCUCCGGUGGGCAGAGGAAGCGCCUGGCCAUCGCCCUGGAGCUGGUCAACAACCCGCCUGUCAUGUUCUUUGAUGAGCCCACCAGUGGUCUCGAUAGCGCCUCCUGUUUCCAAGUGGUGUCCCUCAUGAAGUCCCUGGCCCAGGGGGGCCGAACCAUCAUCUGCACCAUCCACCAGCCCAGUGCCAAGCUCUUUGAGAUGUUUGACAAGCUCUACAUCCUGAGUCAGGGUCAGUGCAUCUUCAAAGGCAUGGUCACCAACCUGAUCCCCUAUCUGAAGGGGCUCAGCUUGCACUGCCCCACCUACCACAACCCGGCUGACUUCAUCAUCGAGGUGGCCUCCGGAGAGUACGGAGACCUGAAUCCCGUGCUGUUCAGGGCUGUGCAGAAUGGGCUGUGUGCCACGGCUGACAAGAAAAGCAGCCCGGAGAAGAACGAGGUCCCCGCCCCCUGCCCCCCUUGCCCUCCGGAAGUGGAUCCCAUUGAGAGCCACACCUUUGCCACCAGCACCCUCACACAGUUCUGCAUCCUCUUCAAGAGGACCUUCUUGUCCAUCCUCAGGGACAUGGUCCUCACCCACCUGCGGUUCGUGUCCCACGUGGUGAUUGGGGUGCUCAUUGGUCUCCUCUACCUGCACAUCGGUGACGAUGCCAGCAAGGUCUUCAACAACACUGGCUGCCUCUUCUUCUCCAUGCUCUUCCUCAUGUUUGCCGCCCUUAUGCCUACUGUGCUCACCUUCCCCUUAGAGAUGGCAGUCUUCAUGAGGGAGCAUCUCAACUACUGGUACAGCCUCAAAGCUUACUACCUGGCCAAGACCAUGGCCGAUGUGCCCUUUCAGGUGGUGUGCCCGAUGGUGUACUGCAGCAUCGUGUACUGGAUGACAGGCCAGCCAGCUGAGACCAGCCGCUUCCUGCUCUUCUCAGCUCUGGCCACCGCCACGGCCUUGGUGGCCCAGUCUUUGGGGCUGCUGAUUGGAGCUGCCUCCAACUCCCUACAGGUAGCCACCUUUGUGGGCCCAGUUACCGCCAUCCCUGUCCUCUUGUUCUCGGGUUUCUUUGUCAGCUUCAAGACCAUCCCCGCGUACCUGCAGUGGAGCUCCUACCUUUCCUAUGUCAGGUAUGGCUUUGAGGGUGUGAUUCUGACCAUCUAUGGCAUGGAGCGCGGAGACCUGACCUGCUUGGAGGAGCGCUGCCCUUUUCGGGAGCCACACAGCAUCCUCCAAGCGCUGGACGUGGAGGACGCCAAGCUGUACCUGGACUUCCUGGUCCUGGGCAUCUUCUUCCUGGCCCUCCGGCUGCUGGCAUACCUUGUGCUUCGUUACCGGGUCAAGUCAGAGAGAUAGAGCCUUGCCCUGGCCCUGGUCCAGCCCCCGCAACAGGAGGCCCCCAGCCCCAGCCCUCUGGGGACUGUUUUAACCUUGCAGACUUGGGCACGGGUUGAGAGGGUGCAGCCACCCCCUCCUCUCCCGGCUCCUCCACAGACUGGCUGGCGGACUGUGCUCCCAGCCCUGGCCUUGGGAGGGGGCCUCCAGCCCUCCCUGCCAUGCCCAGGAGUCUUCCCAAGUUGAUGCGGAUUGUAGCUUCCUCCCCACUCUCUCCAACAUCUGCAUGCAAACACCGCCAGGAGGCUGCCCCCCUCCUUGCCCUGGCACCCUCCUCGGUUGUCUGCCUGGGAGGCCCAGGCUCUCCAGGCCCCACUUAACAACUGACCAAAGUGGCCCCCUCUGGGGGCUCCCCACCACACAAAUGUUUGUAAACUGGGCUGUUACAAGGUUGGGGUUCCAGGGCUGGGCCCUGGUGGGGUCCUGUGGAAGACCCCUGUGGACACUGGAACGGAGCAGGGAAGGACUCUGGAAGUCUCUUCCUCCUCCUCCCCUCUCCCCUCCCUGAGACCCUGACUGAUGUGGACAAUCUGCUGGGACAGAAGCUGGGCUUUCUGUCUGGGUAUCCCUCCCAAUCCUGGGGAUUGGAGGGGCCAGAGCCAUGGGAUGCCCCUCCCCCUCCCCAUCAUAGUUGGUGGGGGUGGGGCCUGGUGGUACCUCGGCGAUAAUGCCUGUGUUUCUCCCCCACCUGCCCCUGGAGCUGGAGAAUGCCCUUUAUUCUGGGGGAUGAGUGGGAGAAGACCCGAGCCUCCUCUCUCACUGCCCCUGCUGCACGGCCCUGCAGUGCUCCCUCCCCGCUCUGGAGUUAUAGGCACAUAUAUGCAGCCAGGCAAUCUCAGCCCUACACACACUCACUGUCCCCCAUGGCUCAGAGGCAGAGUGAUGGUGGCAUGGUGGCAGUGGUGGGUGCUGUGGGGAGGCCAGUGCCAGCCUCCUCCUGAGGAUCCCGCUCGGACUGUAAGGAUGAGGCCAGUGCUGCCCAGGGCGUCUCCAGGAUCUGCAGGUGUCUGCCCCCCAGUCUUCCCUCCCUCCCAAGCCAGGGGUGGCACAGGACACUAGCUCCCUGGAGUUCAGGACCCAACACAAGCACAAGCAUGGGCAUAAGUUGGCCUUGGCCACUGCCACCCUAUAGCCCUUCUUUUGUGCUUCGAGUGGCAUUCACAAACCCCAACCCUGUCCCCAGCACCUGCUGCUCAUUCAAACUCCUGUCUGUGUCUCUUCACCUGCCUCCCAUCAGCCAAGCUGGCCCCUGGGCAUCAGAGCAGCAUGCCCCGGACACCAGAGGGACAGACACACCCAUAGCAUGUCUGGCUUUCCUGGUGGGUCCAGGCUUACUCCACUCCUGAUUUCCCCAUCCCCUGGGGUUCCUCCCCGCCUUAUUCCUGUGCACACACCUCUCUACCUUCCCUCACCCUGCCUCGGAUUCUCCCCAUCACACAGGGAUGGGGUUGUAUUUGUGGGGUUUCACCCAUUAUUAAUAAAACCUAUAUUUAUACAGUG